UGAAAAUGUAUUCAUUUUCCUGUUUCUGUUACUUAGUUUUGAUAUUGAACCUUAUUCCUAUAGGAAUAAAUGCCGAGCGUCAAGGAUCGUUAAUAAUACACCAUGACGUUAAAAAAGUACACAAGAUUGCACCUUUUGACUCAGUGGAUAAUUGUUCUUUACAAGGAGGAUUUUUAUUCUUGUGCCGGCUCUCCGUUAUCAAUCCGGAAGAUAUACAAAACCAUUCAAACACUUUAGACGUUCAGGAACAGAUAAAUUAUCAUAAUAAUCAAAAUGCGGACAAUAGGGUGAUCAAGAAAAAAAUUACUGCAACCACUACUACACAAAAACCAAAUACUGAAAAGCCCACAGCCAAAUUUUCAGGCAUGAAUCGCAAUUUGGCGGAGACAAAUGAAAAAUUUCUUCUACUUUGGACACUUAUAAUAUGUGUCGUAGUACUGAAUUGUUUGAUUGCUACAGUCUGGUUUUAUGUCAUGUAAUGAAAA